AAUCAGCGUCUCCAUCAGGAACACAACCACAAUCGCUGCACUGAACCAGUGUCUCCACCAGGAAACAAAACCGCAGCCGCGGCGCAGAAACCCUGCAGAUCUGCCGGAGUCUCCUGAUACACACACAGCUCGAGUUUCUGCUCUACUUUCGCUUUAUUAGUAUUAUAUUAGCAGAAAAUGACGGAAGCAGAGCUGUAUUCUUCUUAUAAAGGUGUGUUGGUGCCUACAUGUGUACACCCAGCUGAGAGCCUGAAAUACUACGAGGACUUCACUUUCCGUCCGGAUGACAUCCUGAUCAUUACUUUCCCUAAAUCAGGAACCACAUGGAUGCAGGAGAUCGUCCCCCUGGUAGUGAGCGAGGGCGAUCUGGCGGCAGUUCUGACGGUGCCCAACUGGGACCGAGUGCCGUGGCUGGAGGAACAUCGAGCCAUUCUGCUGAGUUUAGAGGAGAGAGCAUCACCACGCAUCUUCGCCACUCACUUUCACCACCAGAUGAUGAACCCGUCCUACUUCAAGAUCAAGCCCAGGGUUCUGUAUGUCAUGAGGAACCCGAAAGACGUCUUUAUUUCUUCAUACCACUUCCAUGGGAUGGCCUCAUUCCUGGUGAACCCGGGAACACAAGAUGAGUUCAUGGAGAAGUUCCUGGAUGGAACAAUCAUGUUUGGCUCCUGGUUUGAUCAUGUGAAAAGCUGGCUGAACGCUGGAGAACAGGAACACAUACUGUACCUCUGCUACGAGGAGAUGAUCCAGGAUCUGAAAGCCUCUGUGGAGAAGAUCGCCACUUUUCUUGGGAAAUCCUUGAGCGCUGAGGUGAUGGAGAAAAUCGCAGAUCACUGUGUGUUCAAGAACAUGAAGCAGAACAAGAUGUCCAACUACUCUCUGGUGCCGGAGGAGUUCAUGGACCAGAAGAAGUCAGAGUUCCUGAGAAAAGGAAUUGUUGGCGACUGGAAGAAUCAUUUCAGCGCGGCUCAAGAGCAGAAGUUUAAUGCUGUUUAUCAAGAGAAGAUGAAGGAUGUGAAGUUCAGCUUUCCAUGGGGCUGAAAACCCGUUUAGUCUCUCCUGAGCUGCAGAUAUUCACUGUAGCCUUCGGUGCUCCAUUACUAAAUGCAGAUGCUCCAGCAUGAGCAUUACUCUGCUCAAACAUAUUGUAUAUUCCUCCUCAUCCUUUUGCUUUAUGACAGCAGAGUUUAUCAUGAUGAUUAUAAUAGAUGAGGAAAGUUAUUGUGUCUUAAUUCCCACAGUAAUAGUGAUGUUUAUCUGGAUCACGUCUGCAUUACAGUCAAUAAACUCUGAAUUAAAUAUGCUUCAUCAACAAGAAAAA